UCGUUCGUGUCAGUUCGUGUAAUCACCUUUUAAAUGAUUAUUUAUUAUGGCAACAAUAAAAACGCCAUCUUUUCUUUCAUGUGUUCCGUUUCCGUUGGCUUGUCAUUGUCAGUUCUUUUUCUAAAAAAUCUCCCAAAAUGAAGGCUAAAGGAGAGUUGAAGGAAUACGAGGUGAUCGGGCGCAAGCUCCCCUCAGACAAAGAGGAGAAGCCACCUCUAUACAAAAUGAGGAUUUUCUCUCCAGAUCCCAUCGUUGCUAAGUCCCGCUUUUGGUACUUCUUACGGCAACUGAAGAAGUUCAAGAAGACCACUGGUGAAAUUGUAUCUAUUAAGGAAAUUCCUGAAAAGAGCCCAAUCAAGAUCAAGAACUUCGGCAUCUGGCUGCGCUACGAGUCGCGCUCGGGCGUGCACAACAUGUACCGCGAGUACCGCGACCUGAGCGUGGGCGGCGCCGUCACGCAGUGCUAUCGCGACAUGGGCGCCAGGCACAGGGCGCGCGCGCACUCCAUACAGAUCAUCAAAGUGGAGAUAAUCAAGGCAGCCGCGUGCCGCCGGCCGCAGGUGAAGCAGUUCCACAACAGCGGCAUCAAGUUCCCGCUGCCCAAGCGCGUGCACCACUACAAGCGCCUCAACAAAUUCGCCUACAAGAGGCCCAGCACGUACUUCUUGUAAUUUAUACGUUUAGCGCAAUAAAACACAUAAAAAAUU